CUAAUCGACCUAAGAUGAGUUAAUAAAACAAAUUAUUCAUAUGUGUUUGGGUUAAACCAAAUGUAUAUUUUGUAACGUACAUGAAUACACCGAGGUCGAUGUGCUAAUGUAGCGCUAGCAAUGUUAGACAAAGAGAAAAGGCAAGACUCCAUAGCGUUAUGUACACAAAAUAAGUAACGUUACUGCAAUAUUAAUAACGUUAGUCAUUUAAAACGCGCUGUUUAAAGGAACACGUAGUUUCGUUUGGGAGAAACAUCACAAAAGCUUCCGUGAGCCACAAAAACGCGACGCUUCCAACUGUAGCACAGAAAUCCAAACGCAGUGUUUUUCUUGUACUUUUAAUAAUGGAGAAACAUUUUGCCUAUCGUUUCUUAUAUUUUAUUUACAUCACUGUAGAAUCAAAAAUUGCAACAGCAAAUACGCAUGUGAUUCUACGCCAUCUCUUUCAAAAAAAGAAAAGAAAAAAAACUACAAAUAUGGUCUUACACCUGGAAGUUGGAUAAUAGCAUACAAAAAUAAUCCAGGACAAAAAGCAGACAGAGUUAUACUGAGAGCCUCACACUUUGAUAAUCACACAACAAAAAGACUUCAGUUCCGUGCUGAUCUCAUUACUCACAACCCACAGCAGUCAGACGGCCAACAUGGAGCAGUACACCACCACGACAGCUAGUGGAGAGCAGAUAGUGGUGCAGACCAGCAGCGGACAGAUCCAACAACAGGGCACAGUGACUGCAGUGCAGUUGCAGACUGAGCCUCAGGUAGGCCAGACUGCAGCCCAGCAGGUCCUUCAGGUUCAAGGACAGCCUCUUAUGGUACAAGUCAGUGGAGGUCAGCUCAUCACUUCUUCUGGGCAGCCCAUAAUGGUACAGGCAAUGACAGGAGGACAAGGUCAAACCAUCAUGCAAGUACCAGUAUCUGGUACACAGGGAUUUCAGCAGAUUCAGCUGGUACAACCCAGUCAAAUCCAGCUUCCUGGUGGACAGACUUUACAGCUACAGGGUCAGCAGGGACAGACCCAACAAUUCAUCAUUCAACAGCCACAGACUGCAGUCACUGCAGGACAGAACCAGGGUCAGCAGCAGAUCACUUUGCAAGGUCAGCAGGUGGCACAAACUGCUGAAGGACAGACCAUCGUUUACCAGCCUGUUAAUGCAGACGGGACCAUCCUACAGCAGGGAAUGAUCACUAUUCCAGCUGCAUCUUUAGCAGGAGCUCAGUUACUCUCAGCUGGAUCCAACAACAACACUACCAACACCGGUCAGGGCACAGUGACGGUCACUCUUCCCAUGGCAGGAAACAUGGUCAAUGCUGGAGGAAUGGUCAUGAUGGUCCCAGGGGCUGGCGGCUCGGUUCCCGCCAUGCAGCGCAUUCCUCUUCCUGGAGCAGAGAUGCUGGAGGAGGAACCUCUGUACGUCAACGCUAAACAGUAUCACAGGAUCCUCAAGAGAAGACAAGCCCGUGCCAAACUAGAAGCUGAGGGCAAAAUACCCAAAGAGAGAAGAAAAUACCUGCAUGAGUCCCGUCAUCGUCACGCCAUGGCCAGGAAGCGCGGCGACGGUGGACGCUUCUUCUCUCCGAAGGAAAAGGAAGAAAUGGCCAUGCAGGCCCUUAAGGUGAGCGAGGGGCUUGAGCUCAGCUCUCAUUGGCCAGCCACCUCUGCCCCGCCUCUGGGGUAAACUGUCCAAUCCCAGCUUGUGUCCUACCCAAGAGACUCUAUACACCUAAUUUAAUUUAGACCAUCCAUACGCUGCAGCUCUGUGCCUGAGCUACUUCGUGCGUCUGUGACACAUUCAUGUCCAAACUGUCUCUGUCUGUGACUUAACUGACACUUCCAACCAACUAAACUGAACAUGCAUACUAAGAUAUUAGUAUAUGUUCUAGUAUGUAUUAUGAGCAAAUAAAAUUUACUGAUUGGUUCCCA